AUGGAGCGCAACGCUGCCCACACAUCAGAGGCAGUUUCCUUCUCCAUAACUCGCAACAGCAUCUCGUCGUCGAUCGACUGGGAGAUGAUCGUCAAGGCCAGCUGGUCCUUGCUCUCAUCGAUGCCCUCGGACGCCUUCUCACGAACAACAGCACCCCAUGCGCCGUUGGGAAGCCCAGAUCGGUGCUCGAAAGGUGCGUCCCCUUCCGUGGCACAGCUAGCCCUUGGCAGCGGCAAGGCCGUCGUCCCGGACAACGAGUUCUCCCUCGCAAAGGUGUCCUUUGGUGUGAUCGGGCUCGGUCUUGGAUCUCACUCCUAUGGUGAGUAUGGAUUUGGGUCGUAUUUCAAUCUUCUCCCUGGCUCCCAGUGGUCCUCUCUGCUGCUGACCUACGGGGUUCCCCUCAUAAUCAUCGACAUGGCUCUAAAGUAUGCUAAACUGAAACCAGUACCCUGCAUAACCUACGCUGAUGCUUUUGCUCUAAGAGAAAAGUGUGCCACCCCUAUUCUCAAGCAGGUCAGGAGUGAUGUUACACGUUUUAGAUAUGGUCAUGAGUAGCACCUGGAGAAAGCACUACAAUGAAUAUUUCAAUAUGGUUUGGUUGGUGGCAUUUCAAGACGUAGUGCACCUAUAUUACAAAAGAUACGAGAAGAAGUAAGUUCACUAUCUAUUUGCUUUAUUCUGUGA